UCAAGCGUUUUUGGGGGGGUUAAGAAACCGAAAUCAAAGGAACCCGAGAGAACAAAAAAAAAAAAAAAAAAGGAGCCAGAGAGAAUCUCUGUCCACCUAGAAAGUGAGAGUUUUCAGAGAGACGGAGCAGCCUUAUAUCAAGCUUUGCUUAAGUGAAAAGCUUGCCAUUUUUGUUACGCCGGGAAGAACUUGAAUCUUCCACGCAGGAUCAGUACAUGGGUUCGUUGCCGGAAUCGGAACCUCAGAGUUCUCAUGGCAAGCCGCCGGGAAUCCGGUUCAUAGAGUACAUCAAGCAGUCCAAGCUCUCAUACAAAACCCACCAAGUCAUUGUCUUGAUUGUUACAUUUUUAGCAUACACCAGCUACCAUGCUGCAAGAAAAACCACCAGCGUAGUUAAGAGUACCCUUGAUCCCCAAUCAUCCCCAUCAGAACUGGGCUUGAAAUUCUUCUCUUGGAGAGUAAUUUACAGAGAUGAAACAGCGAUAGGAGGAGGACUUUCAUGGAAGCUUGGAGAUGGUUGGUUUCCAUUUAAUAGACCAGAUGGAACGUCCUUGCUUGGUGAACUCGAUGUCGCUUUUCUAUCGGUAUAUGCCCUGGGAAUGUACUUCUCUGGACACUUGGGUGAUAGAAUGAAUUUGAGGAUAUUUCUAACAGUUGGAAUGAUUGGUACUGGUGUUUUCACUUCACUUUUUGGUGUCGGAUACUGGGCAAACGUCCAUAACUUCUACUACUACUUGAUAGCGCAAAUGCUUGCUGGUUUAUUUCAAUCAACUGGGUGGCCUUCAGUUGUUGCAGUGGUUGGGAACUGGUGUGGAAAGAAAAAGAGAGGGCUAAUCAUGGGUAUAUGGAAUGCUCAUACAUCAGUUGGAAACAUCACAGGCUCUUUGGUUGCUGCUGCGCUAUUGAGAUAUGGAUGGGGUUGGUCCUUUGUUGCACCUGGUCUCUUGAUUGCUUUCAUUGGCAUAGUGGUUUUCCUUUUAUUGCCAGUUAGUCCUGAAUCUGUUGGAGCUGAUAAAAAUGAGGACGAAAUGUCUUCUCCGAGGAAACCUGGAGAGGAAACAAGAGAGCCUCUCUUAAAUUCAGGGACAGAACUGAAGGAGGAAGCUGUGGGCUUUUUAGAAGCAUGGAAAAUUCCUGGAGUUGCAUCUUUUGCCCUCUGCCUCUUCUUCGCCAAAUUAGUUGCUUAUACUUUUCUAUAUUGGCUUCCUUUCUAUAUUAGCCACACAGCCAUUGAAGGAAAGUAUUUAUCUAGUGAGACCGCUGGAAACUUGUCAACGUUGUUUGAUGUUGGAGGUGUGGUCGGAGGGAUACUUGCCGGCCACAUUUCUGAUCGUCUCGAUGCCAGAGCUAUAACGGCUGCAAGUUUCAUGUACUGUGCAAUUCCUGCUCUCUUCUUCUACCGCAGCUAUGGCCAACUCUCCUUAACUAUGAACAUUGCUCUUAUGUUCAUCACCGGCAUGUUCGUGAAUGGCCCUUAUGCUCUUAUAACCACAGCUGUUUCGGCUGACCUGGGAACACACAGUUCACUAAAAGGGAACUCAAGAGCAUUAGCAACUGUUACAGCAAUUAUAGAUGGAACCGGCUCCGUUGGAGCUGCAAUCGGGCCAUUACUGACUGGUUACAUAUCUUCCAAAAGCUGGAGUGCAGUUUUCACAAUGUUAAUGGGAGCAGCUCUGAUUGCAGGACUGCUGCUUACCCAGCUUGUCGUGGCAGAGGUGGCUGCUAAGAUUUCGGAAUCGAGAUCACAAGAAAGACUCACAACGAGAUCUUCAGAACUAAAUGUAUAAGCCCUAUAAGAAUAUAGAUAGAGGGAUAAAGAAGGUAGAGAUAAAAUAUUUUUCUUCCUUUUCUCCACGAUCAUGGAGGAAAAUUUUAAAGGACAGGACAGAUGGAGGAGAGAUAGAAUCUCUAUUCUUGUCCAUAUAUAUGUACAAUUUUUUUGUAAUAUACGAUAUGAAUUCAAGAAUGGGAUCGUCAACCAGGAUUUGCUCA